AUGAAAUUUUCAUUAUAUUUAAUAUCUAUAGCCCUUUUGGGUUCAAGUUUUGGUGUUGAUGCCUUUAUUGGCAUGGGAAGUAGUGGUGGUUUUAAGUCAAAAUUGUGUGCCAUGGGUAAAACACAAUUUUGUCCACCACCAACUGUUCCCACAACAACCGCAAUCAUACCCACUGAUAUUAUAACACCAACACCAACUUUGGAACCAAUUUCGCCCAUACCAACCACCACAAAUACUGAAGAACCCACUACGAUAACCACAGGUACCUCACCGACAACGGAAACAAGUGAAACACCAACCGAUACACUAACAUCACCUACAACAUCUCCUGAUCCUGAUGAUCCCGCAGCUGGAGAAGGUAGAGCUUUGGAUAUUGCUGAAGAUGAUAAUGAGGAAAAUGCAUUAGAUGAUGAAUCCGAUGUCACAGAUGCCCGUGCUCGUCGUGUUAGAAGUCGUAAAAAUCGUCGUAAUCGUCGUCUACGUAGACGUAAAGUAAGCCGUAAGAACAAAAAUCGCAAAGCACGCAGAAAUCGUAAGUUACGUCGUCGCAAUCGUCAAAUCAAACGUAACCGUAAGAUCCAACGUCGCAAUCGUAAGGCUCGCAGAAAUCGUCGUCGUGGUAUCCGUGUUGUACGCAGACGUGGUAGGAAAACAAUCGGUUAA